AGGUUGCCCAUCUGCGCAAGAUCACCCGGACACUCGAGCGCUAUCCAGAGCUUGCGGGCACAUACCCGGUCCUCGAAGCCGGCGGUCGCAUUAAAUUCCAGAGUUGCAGCAGCAAUACAUGUACUGAGGACACGACGCGCAAUAUUCUUGGUGGCCUAUUUGACAAUGUCAGAGUCGGCGAGAAGAUUCGGAAGCUGCCAUUUUGUGCACACAAGCGCAUUGCCACGUCGCCAAUUGGCAUGCCACUUGAUAGGCUCCAGUUUGUUCCCGAGCUGAUCAUCGCUGUUGCUGAUGCUAUGCGCGCUCACCGUGCCAUUGCUGAGCACUGUAAUAUAUUGCACCGUGAUAUCUCAGCAGGCAACUUUCUUUUCCGGCGUAUGGUGGAUGGCACUGUCAAGGGCAUGUUGAUUGAUUUUGACCAUGCGAUCGACUGCGAGAAUCUGGAUGCGAUGCCGAAAAACGAGCAUAUCGGCACACUGAAUUUCAUGAGCGUGAACAACCUCGAGGGCAACAGCAACACGCGCACUGAGCUCGACGACUGGGAGGCUCUGAUAUAUGUCUUGGUGUGGCUUGGGACAUUUGGACUCAAUGGCAUGUCUAGACAUAACAGUGACACAGAUGAGCACAGAAGAAUUGCAGGUGCUAAAAUCAAAUAUUGGGUUGACAGCACAACAUUGAAGGACAUUGCCAGAUACAAGCGCGACAAUUUGGACAACAAUUCCAGUUUUAAAUCUAUUCUCAACGAAUUGAUAGUAGGGUGGAUCAUAUCAAUGUCCUUGCAGGUUGUUGAUUAUGAUGCGCGAUACUCUAAUCGACAAUGCAGGAUGCAGCGAGGAUGGCAGGGGCGCAAAUAUGAAACAAUCUUUUAACCAUGGCAAUUGUGAAUCAUCUGCCUCAAAAGCCACGCCUGGUUCACUUUCUCCAUUAUCCAUAUUUGCAUUGUUGGUUGAAUGGCAAGAAGCUAUGAACACUCCAAUGGUUGAUCCGUUUAAGGUGCGCACUGACAUGGCACCAACU